GGAAGUCAUGUGGUCGUCAGAGUGGAAGCAGGUGUGAGAGGGUCCAGCAGAAGAAAACAUGGCUGCCAAAGUGUUUGAGUCCACUGGCAAGUUUGGUCUGGCCUUAGCUGUUGCAGGAGGCGUGGUGAACUCUGCCUUAUAUAAUGUGGAUGCUGGGCACAGAGCUGUCAUCUUAGACCGGUUCCCUGGAGUACAGGACAUUGUGGUAGGGGAAGGGACUCACUUUCUCAUCCCAUGGAUACAGAAACCAAUUAUCUUUGAAUGCCGUUCUCGACCACGUCAUGUGCCAGUCAUCACUGGUAGCAAAGAUUUACAGAAUGUCAACAUCACACUGCGCAUCCUCUUCCCGCCCGUUGCUAGCCAGCUUCCUCACAUCUUCACCAGCAUUGGAGAGGACUAUGAUGAGCGUGUGUUGCCGUCCAUCAUGACCGAGAUCCUCAAGUCAGUGGUGGCUCGCUUUGAUGCUGGAGAACUCAUAACCCAGAGAGAGCUGGUCUCCAGGCAGGUGAGCGACGAUCUUACCGAGCGAGCAGCCACCUUUGGGCUCAUCCUGGAUGAUGUGUCUUUGACACAUCUGACCUUCGGGAAGGAGUUCACAGAAGCGGUGGAAGCCAAACAGGUGGCUCAGCAGGAAGCAGAGAGGGCCAGAUUUGUGGUAAAAAAGGCUGAGCAGUAGAAAAAGGCAGCCAUCAUCUCUGCUGAGGGCGACUCCAAGGCAGCUGAACUGAUUGCCAACUCACUGGCCACUGCAGGGGACGGCCUGAUCAAGCUGCGCAAGCCGGAAGCUGCGGAGGACAUUGCAUACCAGCUGUCACGUUCUCGGAACAUCACCUACCUGCUGGCGGGGCAGUCCGUGCUCCUCCAGCAGCCCCAGUGAGGGCCCACCCUGCCCGCCCCUCCGUGGGCUGACUGGGCCAUAGCCCCGAUGA